AUGUUCAAAAAGAUCCAUUCUAUAUUUCACCCCAACUCCCACCGAAGCAAUGUGACAGAUGACAUCCCUUACGGUGAUGGCACAGGUUCUGCGGUGAGAUUGAUCCGCAGCACUUCUAUGUACGUCCUUGGAGGUGAGCAGGAAAAAGUUAGUGAACCACUAAAAAAAUGCAAAAGUACAACCAGCAUCGACUCUUGCUUCCAGCCAAAAGAGGAAGACAGAGACUGGAUGUACUCUAAGACUCAGGACUGCUUGAAGUACUUACAGGAUCUGUUAGCCUUGAGGAAAAAAUAUCUUGACAACAUCAAUAACUUGAAAUCCAUGCAUAUGGCUGCAGAUUCCCCAAUGUCCACAAAAUCAUCCAAAACUGGAAAGAAGUCAUUUCUUCCACUUCCUUCCAAAGAGUCUUCUAAGGCACCCAUGGAGAGAAAAGGCCCACAGUCCUGUUCAGAUGUAAGAGAAGCAAUAGCUUUCUUUGACUCAGUUAUUGCAGACCUGGAUUCAGAGAGAUGGCGGAGAGUUCCUGACGUGGAUCUGCCAAAUGUGGAUGUUGAUUUUGAUGUUGCUACCAGCACAAGUGAGCACAGUUUGCAUUCAAACUGGAUCCUUCGUGCUCCCCGGAGAUACUCACAAGAUACUGCCCAAACAGCAAAGGCUGCAAACCAGUCUCAAAGAAACAGCCAGCGGAGAACCACAGGCUCUAGGAAGAGGUUGGAAAGACAUCCCAUGUACUUGCCCAAAGCUGUGGAAGGGGCAUAUAGCACUUUAAAAUUUAAGCCCAAAACACAUAAGAAAGAAUAUUGA